CCGAGAGUACCACAACGUUUUCCCAUCGUCGUUCUCGUACACCGGCAUCCCACCGAUGCGUGACGUCGAGCACUCCAUCCAGCUUGUGUCUGACUAUCGUGUUCACCACUUGGCACCCUAUAGACUCUCGAUCCCCGAGGCCACCGAACUCAAACGUCAGCUUGAGGAGCUCAUGAGAUUGGGUUUCAUUAAACCCAGCAACUCCCCGUGGGGUGCACCCGUCCUCUUUGCUUGCAAAGCGGAUGGAACUCUUCGUCUCUGCAUCGACUACCGCGGUCUCAACCGCUACACGGUUAAGAACAGCUACCCCAUGCCUCGUUCCGAUGAGCUGUUCGACCGGCUAGCAGGCAACCGCUUCUUUACGAAGAUUGAUCUUCGUAGCGGUUACCAUCAGAUCCGCGUCGCUGCAGCCGACCAGCCGAAGACCGCAUUCCGAUCACGCUUUAACCACUACGAGUUUACGGUGAUGCCAUUCGGCCUCACCAAUGCACCCGCUACCUUCCAAAGGGCGAUGAACGACAUCUUUAGGGACAUCCUGGAACAGUACGUUCUCGUUUACCUCGACGAUAUCCUGGUCUACAGUCGUACCCUUGAGGAGCACCUCAGACACCUCURCGACGUCCUUGACUGCUUGCGCAGACAUGGCUUCUWCGCCAAGCUGAGYAAGUGCCKCUUUGCCCAGCACAAAGUGKAUUUCUUAGGACACUACAUGUCUGACCAGGGUCUCCACAUGGASGACGCGAAGAUCACCGCUAUUGCGGAGUGGCCCRCCCCCACAUCCGCCAGGCAGCUUCGCAGCUUCCUAGGCCUGACGAGCUACUAUAGUAACUUCAUCCGGGGAUACGCUAGGUAUUCCUACGUCCUUACGUCCACCCUCCUCCGGAAGAACCCACCCUGGGCUUGGACACCCCUCCACGAGGACGCCUUCCGCGCCCUCAAGAAGGCGGUGAUAUGCGCACCGGUUCUUCACCUACCCGAUUUUGACCGCCCUUUUAUCCUUACCACCGAUGCGUCAGACCUUGCUGUAGGAGCAGUGCUUUCCCAGGUCUUCUUCUCCUCUCCUGAUUCCUCUCAUCCUCGUAUCCCUCGCUUCCCACCACCUACCCCUACCACAGCUUUCCGACUGACGCCUAGUACUCGUCCAGCAACUGACGAGCCUUCUAUUGACUAUUCUCAUACCAUCGUCGAGGGCGGCACUGUCGAGUCUCGCUCAGGUGAUUCUUUGAUAGCCUUCUACUCCCGUCAGCUUCUACCUGCUGAGAUAAACUACAUUGCUGAUGAACGUGAGGUUCUCGCAGUAGUUUAUGUCACUCGGCACUGGCGUCACUACCUGCACGGGGCACCAUUCACGGUGCGCACGGACAACUCUGUUGUCCAGACUUUUCUGACAAAAUCGAAGCUCACUCCUCGACAAGCUCGCUGGUGGUGCGACCUAUCCGCGUUUAGUUUCACCACUGAGCACAUCAAGGGUGAGACUAAUCGGGUCGCAGAUGCAUUAUUCCGGCGCCCUGACCACGACCAGGAGCAGAUCCAUCUCUCCUCCAUCUCAGUCACCACUGUCCACCACCUGGUGAUCGAUGAGUUUCGCAUACAGUACUGCCACUGCCCCGACUAUCGCGACAUCCACGCGACCCUUCGGAGUGGCAAGACCGUCCCAAACUACUCUCUCAGGGACAACGGUCUUGUGUACUGGCACGGCUCACAGAGCACUAGAGAGCCCCGUACUUGCGUUCCCUCCACCGGACAGCUACGUGUCCGAGCAGUAGCAGAGUUCCAUGACCAGGCAGCCGCCGGUCAUAUGGGCUUCCACAAGACGUUGGCUCGGGUGAGCCACCUGUACGUUUGGCUGAAGCGUAAGGACUUUGUGAAGGACUACGUCGCAGAGUGUCCCACCUGUCAUAAGGUGAAGAGUGCGAACUACCUGCCUUAUGGUUUGCUCCAGCCUCUUCCUAUCCCUGAGGGUCGUUGGCAGUCCAUCUCGAUGGACUUUCUCGGUCCUCUUCGUCCUCCGGCCCGCCGCGAUCAUGAUGCUAUCCUGGUCGUCGUCGACCGCUUCACGAAGCGUGCACGCUUUGUUCCGUGCAGCUAUGCCAUCAGUGCAUGUGAGGUCGCCGAUAUCGUGUUUGAUCGAGUCGUGCAUGACCAUGGCUUACCUCUAAGCAUCAUAUCUAACCGUGACCCGCGCUUUACCAGCCGAUUCUGACGACGGCUCCACGUGGUAUAUGGCACUCAACUCCGCUUCUCCUCGUAUUACUAUCCACAGACUGAUGGUCAGACCGAGAUCACGAACAGGACUCUC